UCCAUCCAAUCCAUUCAUUUUGAGCAGAACAGAACAAUAGGCAUACAUACUGCUCACGUAAACAUUUUGUAGUCUUAGUAUUUAGAUUGAAAGAAUGUGUUGUUUUAUUAGCUAAUGGUAACAAAUAUAUGUGGCGUUAUAAUUUGAAAGAUAAACCAGUGUUUGUAAAGUGACUGCAAUGUCAAAAACUGAAAAUCAGACUCAGGUUAGCAAUCAUGACAGGACUGGAUCAGAAGAAAGAACUGCUGGCCCUGCUGGCGCUUCGAGCCUGUUUAUUCCUGAUAUCGGGAACGAUAUUAAUCGUACACAUAUAAAUGACUAUUACCAACCAAGUUUUAGUGAGAGCAAAAACUAUAAAACCGAAAAACUGCAAGUCCAAUCAUCGAGUUGCCUUACUAUGUCCACUGACCUGCAGUCUGAUUCUACUAUGGGUCCAGACAACAUUCCAGAAGAUGUGAUGGUAGUAAGGACCUCGGCAAUGGGGCCCUAUCCUAUGUCUCUUCUAGCUUCAAACUCCCCGAUGAAUAAAAGCAUUUCCAGCUCCGCGUCAGGCAGCAUCUGCAGAAUCUGCCUUGAAGGCGACUGUGUAGAAGAGCUGAUUUCCCCAUGUGACUGUAUGGGCUCCAUGGGAGUGGUGCACAUUUGUUGUUUGGAAAAGUGGCUCUCCACCUCAAACUUGGACCGAUGCGAAGUGUGCAAAUUCCAGUUCAAAGUUCAGCGAACUCCUAGACCCAUUAUACAGUGGUUGUUCAGCAGACAGAGUCGUGAUGGGCCUCACGGAUUCUGCGGGGAUGCUCUGUGUCUCAUCCUGUUGACACCUAUCUGCCUCACCUCGGUGUAUCUGUGUGGGAUGGGUUCUCUGGCGUAUCUUCACAGAGGUGCUUGGGAAGGAGUCGGGCUUGCAUUUCUCAGUCUCAUCGUGCUGUUUACCUUCUUCCUGUGGGGUUUCACCACUGUCAGAUUUCAGUGGCAAAGCAUGAAUCGGUGGCGUAUGAGCAACCAGACGGUUCACUUGGUAGACUACAGCAAAGUGAGGCGAAAACGUCAGUGUGGUCCGACGCAGUGUAACGCUCACCGUACUACGCCCUCGGCCACCUCCACGCUACCUCACAUCUAGCCCCCUCCCUCCUACCCACCACUCAGGGCGGCCACAUAAUCGCACCAUUACCGCACAGGAAUAUUAUGCGUGAUUUUUAGUAUAAAAUUGUGAUUUAAUUUCCAGAUUUGUAAACAAGUAAGUAUGCUCUUUUCUAUAAAACGGAAUAUGAUGCAAUUUUUUCAUCAGGCUCUCAAAAGCGCUCAAACACACCCCUGAUAGGUGAAUUAAAAUUUAGUAAAAAUAGAUUAAAAAAUAUCUUUCUAUCACUUUUUUAUGCAGAUAAAAUUUACCAGAUGGCAAACACUAAUUAUAUUUAAAAAAAGAUGUUACAAUGGCAAUCAACAUUGACUUUUCACACUGGUCAAUCAGAGACUGUGCGUCUGUUACAAAUAAAUUUGUUGCCUUGCAAAUUUUUACAGUGUAAUCAACAGAUAUAUCAAAAAGUGCUGGAAACGUUUUUUAUUUAAUAGUCUGCGUAAAACGCUAUUCAAGUAGUUGGUUGAAUUAUUUCCAUUAGUGUCUUUAUUCUAAGUUUUUGAAAUCUAAUUUGUGCCAUAAAUUACUCAACUACCUAAACAAACUCAUGUUCACAGUAUUUUUUUAAUUGCAUGACUCCUGUUCCAAGCCUGGACAUAUAGAUAAAAUUAAAUCAGUUUUACAGUAGCUAAAAGUUUGUUUUUACAUUACUCUGGAACUUUGUGAGCUAAGUCAGUUGGAGCGUUUUAUAUUCUACUGCGAAUUUGUGUGGCCACCCUUAGGUUUUAGCCAAAGUAGACACGUUUUGUUUUGAUUUGAUCAAAGUGUUGCUCUUUCUGUGAUUCUAAGUUGUGUUUGCUCAAUCGUCCACUGUUUCAAUCAAGUACCUAUUGUAAAUACUUUAUCUGAUUGGUUUUGAAGGUCAUUGUUUUUUAUCACUCCGAUGUAACUUGAUACUGGCACUGCUUGGCUAUUUAGAUAUUUUAGUUGUAAUAGAGUGGUCAGAUAUCACUGAAAGUGCUUUAUCCUUGUUAUUCGAUUCAUAGUUUUUAUCUUGAGUGAAACUCAAUUUUAUUUAGGAAUAAUUAAUGGUGAUAAGAAUUUUAAAAGAAAUCGACGACAGUUGAUAUUUAAUAAAACUUGUUAUUGUAUUUUAGUCAGCUAUAUUAUAUAGUUAAUUUAUAAUCAUAAUAACAGGAUGAUAAUCAUUAUUUGUUAUUUACGGAGUAACAGGGAAUAAUGUUUAAUGAAAUACGUUCUCCUCAGAAUAUCCACUUGGUUUAUAAAUAGUGACGUUUAUAGGGUGUUUGAUGAGAUUGGGUUUAGUUAGCAUAUUGAUAGGGUAUGGUUUUGUUGGUUGAAGAUGAAAAAUCAAUUUCACAAGAUCAAGUCCAAUGCAAGUUUGACCUGAAGUUCAGGCCGCUGAUUAAGUCAGAGAAAUGCGGAAGAAAUUCAUGUUGAAAGAGUAGCAGUGACUCUGGCAAAUACUCGUGUUUCAACUGUGAGCUUUCACAACAAUUUAGUUUUUUUAAUGAACAGGAUUUUACCACCUUGUUUGGGUACCUCAUAGUGUAUGAGUUGGUUAAGAACCUCCACUAACCUAUGUUUAUACGAGAUAUAAAAUUGCCGAAGUAAACUCCUUUGAAAAUGACAAUACUGUAAGUUUGCAUUUUUUACUCAUAAAUGGUUCUACAUUUUUAGGAAAUUGUUACUUUUGUUUUGACUUUAUCUUUUUACUAUUGUUGUUAUAAAAUGGCAAACCCUUAAAAUAUUCAUAUGAGUAAUAUAAGUAAGAUCUGGCAAGAAACAAAAUGUAUACAACAUAAACUAACUAUUAGGAAGGAAUAUUUAUUGUUUAUCUUUUCUCAUUGCUUAGUGUUUCCUUAAUUGUUUGUGUAAUAACUUGUGACAUUAUUUUGGUUUUUAGUCGAAUGUGUGAUAUUACAUUCCCCCCUUUCACCUACUAAUUUAUGUAAACUUUUUGCCAAACAUUAAAAAAAAAUAAUCCAACUUGAACCAUAAAAAAGUUUUUGAGUAAAUCCCAUUGAAUCCUGCCAGGAAACAUGUUUAAGUUGCCCACAGGGUUCUGUUGUUAUUUUAGACGCUGUUAUCUGUUUGAACUUAAAUUUUAUCUUGUCAAGUCACUUUUAAGCGUGUUUAACUAGAACAGACCUCAAGUUUACCCUGGCUGUAUUUUAAUCAGCAGGCGCUAACUCGUUAAACUCUACUGCGCUAAAGAGUUAAACAACACUUUGUCCAACUAGGUUUUCAAGCUGUUGCCUGAAUAUUUGAAAUAACAGAUUUUAGACUUGAAUUUAGGCUAAACCCAAUCUCGACAUCCUCUUGUUAUUGUCAAAUUGUUUUUUUAACUUGUAAAAUAUAUAUUUAAUAUUACGAAUGAUUCCAAAGUAUUUUUGUUUUUGCUGGGUUGUUGUAAAUUAUUACCUUUUCAUCCCUCAAGUGCCUUAAAAACUGAGACAAUUGAAUUUGCAACUGUAAAAUAAUUGCUUUUGUAAUCGUAAAAUCAUAAUUGUACAGUACAAGUUUUACGACAAACUAUUCCAUUGAUUUUUUUAUAGGCUAUAGAAUGUUAUGCAUUACUUGAAUUUUUAGGUUCUACUGCAAUAUUCAUCUAAUGUGAAAUAUUAAUGAGUUAAAAUACAAUUAUGGAUAAAAAUAAAAAAUAAUCUUUUAUUAUUUGAAUGCCCACUUGUGUUAAAAUAAAAAUUCAAUAGUUUGAAUGCUCUAAAUAAUGUUUUAAAUGUAUAAUUCAAAUUUGUCUUCCUCGCAGUUUAUUGGUUCAGUUGCUACAAUCUUUUGUAACUUCAAUUUUAAAUUUGCCAACCAUUUAAAAACUUUAUUUUUUAUCAAUGAUUAUUUUCUGGUUUGUGGAAUUUUCACUGUAACCAACUGAAAAGAAACCAAUUAUUUUAUUCUUGUACUUAAAAAUGACAAUCAACCCAUAUUCUUAUAUUCUUAAUUUUAUAAUUUGAAAUAUGAUCUUAAAAUAUGUUGAAAAUAUGUUUUUACUACUGUUUUAAGAGUAUUUUGUGUAGCCUACCGGUACCUUAAGUAGUUUGAAAUACAGUAUGUAUAUAACUAUAUGAAUUUGGAAAUUUUAAAUCAUACCAAAUUCAAUCUUGAAUUGGUGGAUGACUGGUUUUGUUUUUGAUGUAUAACUAUCUGGUUACUCCAAGACUAUAUUGAAUGUAAACUUCGGAUUUUGGAUGCUUUUUUUAAUCAAUAUAACCAUAUUUUAAACACUCUUUCACCUCUUUACUACAAAAUUCCUGACAGCUGUUGAAAUAACUAAUAAUUCACUCCACUAAUAUCCCAGUAUAAACUGAUUAUUAAAGUUUGUUUAGCUUUAAAAACAGUCAGAGUGACAUAAAUAUGAAUGUACACAGAUUACUGACUUUCAUGCUCUUUGAACCAAUAAUGUAAAUUUCUUUUGUCGUUUUAAUGUAAAUAUAUUCAUACAGUCACCGCAGUGACAAAAAAAUGCUGUAAGUAAAGUUGCCUUUUACAGUACGCUUUGUAACGUGCAAUGAAAUGGGUAACAGAGAAAUAUUUAUUUAAACAUUGUGAUGGUAUGAUGUAUAUUUUUUGUAUGUAUAUAUUUGUAAAAUGUGUCUGAGGCCUUUGUAUUGGAUAAUAGUGCAUUAAACUUUAUUUUUUGUAAAAACAUA